UAUCUGUCUUUUUUUUUUCACUGUCUAUGUCUCUCUACAUCUCUGCCUCUAUCUUCCUCUCUCUCUCUCUCUCUGCUUCUGUCUCUCUUGCCCUCAGUUUCACAUCCUAUCCCUCCCCGGCCACCACCGCCCAGCACAUGUGGGCUGGGGGUCUCUUCCCUCCCAAUUCCUCACCCCUGGCAGCCACUCAAAGCUUCCCAGUCCUGGCCUCUCCUGCCCGCCCCUCUUGGGCCUUGGAGGAGGGGGGCAAAGGAGGAAGGGAGGGCAGCCUGGUGGGCCCACCCCUUUUUGCCUUUCCAGGCUGGGAGGCUGGGCCAGUGGGCCUUUUAACCAGCCUGGGCAGGCUGUGCCGGACACCAGCUCUGGACGCCGUGCCUGGCUCCCGUGGUUCCGGCAGCCUCCAGCCCGGCCAGCCCAGCCAGCAUGCAACAGCAGCCCCCAUCAGGGCCCUUGGCCCCUGCAGCCGAGCCAACCAAGCCCCCCUACAGCUACAUAGCCCUGAUCGCCAUGGCCAUCCAGAGCUCCCCAGGACAGCGGGCCACACUCAGUGGCAUCUACCGCUACAUCAUGGGCCGGUUCGCCUUCUACCGCCACAACCGGCCAGGCUGGCAGAACAGCAUUCGCCACAACCUGUCACUCAACGAGUGCUUUGUCAAGGUGCCCCGAGAUGACCGCAAGCCAGGCAAGGGCAGCUACUGGACGCUGGACCCCGACUGCCACGACAUGUUCGAGCACGGCAGUUUCCUGCGCCGACGCCGACGCUUCACCAGGCGGGCAGGUGCCGAGGGCACCAAGGGCCCUGCCAAGGCACGCCGAGGACCCCUCCGAGCAACCAGCCAGGACCCAGGAGUCCCUGAUACUACGACUGGCAGGCAGUGUCCAUUCCUGCCAGAGAUGCCAGAGACCAAAGGCCUAAGCUUUGGGGGGUUUGUGGGGGGCUUGCCAGGCAGUAUGUGCCCGGCAACCACCGAUGUCAGGCCCCGGUCAUCCACGGAGCCCAAAGAGAUGCCCGCACCCAAGCCUGCAGGCUCAGGAGAGCUCCCUGUGGCCACUUCGUCUUCUUCCUGCCCGGCGUUUGGCUUUUCUGCCAGCUUCUCUGAGGCUGAGGGUUUCAGCAAGGCCCCUACGCCCAUCUUGACCCCCGAGACAGGCAUUGGGAGCAGUUACCAGUGCCGGCUGCAGGCCCUGAAUUUCUGCAUGGGCACUGACCCAGGCCUUGAACACCUCUUGGCCUCAGCAGCCCCCUCUCCUGCAACUCCCACCCCUCCGGCCUCACUGCGGGCCCCGCUGCCCCUUCCAGCUGACCCCAAGGAGCCCUGGGUUGCAGGCAGCUUCCCUGUCCAGGGAGGCUCUGGCUACCCAUUGGGACUGACCCCCUGCCUAUACCGGACGCCAGGAAUGUUCUUCUUCGAGUGAAGCCAGCCUGGCCUCGGGCAGUCCUUGCAGGACCCCUCCCACUGCAUCCUCCAGGCUGAGCCUGACUCUAGGAUCUGGGGAGCUCUCCAAGGACCCAGGUCUGGCAAGCCAGCGACAACCUGGACAGGCAGCCAAGACUGGAAUGGUGAACGCGCAACCAGCCUCCGGGGCCUCUGGACAGACUUGGGGUGAGGGGAAGCAGAGCCCCCUCGGGAUUUACUCUGUGGCUCUCAAGGCCAAUAAAGCCCGUGUGAUAAUGAG